UGGUUUCCUCAGGACUCUCCUGUCUUUGGGACACCUGGCCCAAUGCCUCAGAGAAUCCGGGGAGCAAGGGUCAUCCCCCUCCUCUGUGUUCUUGUUCCAAACUCUGGAAAUAGAGCUCUGCGAGUAUCCCGUAAGAGCGAGCACUUACUUUCUCACACCUUCUCCUGCUAGGUUGAUCUGGAGCGUACCUUCACAUUUCGCAACUCGAGGCAGACCUACUCAGGGAUUCCCAUCAUUGUGGCCAACAUGGAUACCGUAGGGACGUUUGAGAUGGCAGUGGUGAUGUCACAGCACUGCCUGUUUACAGCCAUUCAUAAGCAUUACACCCUGGAUGACUGGAAGCUCUUUGCCACGAAGCACCCAGAAUGCCUGCAGCAUGUAGCCGUGAGUUCGGGCAGCGGGCAGAAUGAUCUGGAAAAGAUGAGUAGCAUCCUGGAAGCUGUACCGCAGGUUAAGUUUAUUUGCCUGGAUGUGGCCAAUGGGUAUUCGGAACAUUUUGUGGAGUUUGUGAAACUCGUCCGUGCCAGAUUUCCAGAACACACCAUUAUGGCCGGGAACGUGGUGACAGGAGAGAUGGUGGAAGAGCUUAUCCUGUCUGGAGCAGAUAUAAUCAAAGUGGGUAUUGGGCCAGGGUCUGUGUGUACCACCCGCACGAAGACAGGCGUGGGCUACCCCCAGCUGAGUGCGGUGAUCGAGUGUGCUGACUCUGCCCAUGGCCUCAAGGGCCACAUCAUUUCGGACGGAGGCUGCACGUGUCCAGGAGAUGUCGCCAAAGCCUUUGGAGCUGGAGCCGAUUUUGUCAUGCUGGGAGGGAUGUUUUCAGGCCACACUGAGUGUGCUGGAGAAGUGAUCGAGAGGAACGGCCAGAAGCUCAAGCUUUUCUACGGGAUGAGCUCUGACACGGCAAUGAAGAAACACGUGGGAGGAGUUGCCGAGUACAGAGCCUCAGAGGGCAAGACUGUGGAAGUGCCUUACAAAGGGGAUGUGGAGAACACAAUUCUGGAUAUUCUCGGGGGACUGAGAUCAACCUGCACCUACGUGGGGGCUGCCAGACUGAAAGAACUCAGCAGGAGGGCUACGUUCAUCCGGGUGACCCAGCAGCACAACACCCUGUUCAGCUGACUUUGAGGAUGAAGUGCCACCAGCUUGUGUGGGGGCUUCCACACGCACCUGCUUGGUCUGCCCCCCUCCCCUGUACCAUGUAAGAGCUUCUGCUGCUCGGAGUGGGGGAGAGCCACCUCCUUACCCGCCUCCCGCCACCUGAGGCCCUGGGACUCUCCUUGUGCCUUGUUGGGGCCCAGAUGCAGGGUGCUGAUUGGGUCAGUGAUCAGAGCCUAGCUGCCCAGAACUCAUAACCUCAUUGUGAAAACUAACAUUUGCACCUUUUUCUUUUUUUUUUUUUAAGAAAAUGGUUUCACUUUAAUAUAAUGCUAUUAUCUUAAGAAUUGAUUGAGUGCUGGAGUUUCCAUUUGCAGGAAUCAAGCUGGAUGGGGUAGUCGGGGGGUUUUCUGUUUCCUUCCCAGGCAGGCUUAAGCAGAAAGUUGGCAGUUCAAGUCCACCCGGAGGUGUCUUGGAAGAAAGGCCUGGCGAUCUAUUUCCGAAAGAUCACGGCC